UAUAUACAUAUUCGUUUCCUGACCUUGUGCAAGUUCUCUUCGUCAUGUUCAUAUUCUAUAUUUAUUUUUAAGGAUUUUAAACAAUGGGGAGAAACAUUUAUUCCUUAGUGUUAUUACUUUAUUUUCAGAUUUCCUUGCAAAUUUCGCUGGAUGAAUUUGUAAGUUUGACUAGUAGCCAGAAAGAUGCACUGGAUCAGUUUCGUGAUGCAGUUAGCUCCAAACUACCACACGAUUACAUGAGGGAGGAUGUCUUUUUAAUGCGCUGGUUAAGAGAUCAAAAGUUUGAUGUAUCUAGAGCAACUAGUCGCCUUUUGAAAGAUGUCCAGUGGAGAGAGGACAACGAUAUUGACCACAUUUUACAAGAAGACUGGUCCGAUUUCGACCGCGAGUAUCGGGUCCUUGUUGAAGGCUGUGAUAAAUCGGGACGACCCGUCCUCUCACUUCCGGUCGGCGAUUGGGACCUUCGUCGGGCCAUCGUCGCCGGCCAAUCGGAUCGUCUCAUGCGAUAUUUCAGCAAACUGUUCGAAGAGGCGGCCAUGGUGACGAGAUGGUUUCAAAAAAAUGAGCAAAGAGCUGUCCAAGCAACGAUGAUUUUUGACAUGGGAAAUUUCAACUUAAUCCAACAGGGAUGUGCGAGAUGUAUACCAAUAUUUGUGCACAUUCUGGCCGUUUAUGAGCAACACUACCCAAAUUUCGCACAUAGGGUUAUCGCAAUAAAUACCCCUGAAUUAGCGCUUCCAAUUUAUGACAUCUACAAAAGUAUUUUAUCCAGGGAUGUUACCGACAUGUUACACAUUUUUGGUCGAAACAAGAAAGAAUGGCAACAGUUUUUGCUCGAGGAAAUUGACGAGUCCCAACUUUCAAAAAAUUUGGGUGGGAAAAAUUUCGAAACUUUGGAUUACGGGGAUUUUCGAGGGCUGAAUACUUCACUGUAUAGUUGUGCGUAUUUGAAUUUCCUGCGCAAUUAGUGUAACUUCGGGCGAAUAAACUUUUUGGUUGUUCGGGG